GUAUGGAAAUCUUGGCAAAAACAGGGACUCGAUAUAAAGGACAUCGUCUGGCCUGGGAACAGCCACACUCCUCCCCAGGGAGUACCCGAAAAGUUCCACUUGAAAAUAACUUUUUUGGAGGAACCGCCGUACAUUAACUUAGCCCCACCGGAUCCAGUAACCGGAAAAUGUUCAAUGGACAGAGGCGUGCUAUGUAGGGUUGCCACCGAUGCUGACAUUACUGAAGUUGACAUGUCUCAGGCUCACAAAAACGGAAGUUAUUACCAAUGCUGUUCCGGUUUUUGUAUCGAUUUAUUACAAAAGUUUAGCGAAGAAUUGGGAUUCACGUACGAACUUGUAAAGGUGGAAGACGGAAAAUGGGGAACUAACGAAAACGGAAAGUGGAACGGAUUGAUAUCUGAUCUUGUCAAUCGGAAAACAGAUAUGGUUUUGACAUCAUUGAUGAUUAAUGCCGAGAGGGAAGCUGUGGUUGAUUUCAGCGUGCCUUUCAUGGAGACCGGCAUAGCAAUCAUUGUUGCUAAACGCACGGGAAUUAUUUCGCCCACAGCAUUCCUGGAGCCUUUCGAUACUGCGUCCUGGAUGUUGGUCGGCAUCGUUGCCAUACAAGCCGCAACCUUCAUGAUUUUCCUGUUUGAGUGGCUGUCCCCGAGCGGAUUUGAUAUGAGAAUUUCUCUUAAUCAGAGUCCGUCGACAUCUCACCGAUUUUCCCUCUUCAGAACUUACUGGUUGGUCUGGGCCGUUUUGUUCCAGGCCGCCGUGCAUGUCGACUCCCCGCGGGGCUUUACAGCCAGAUUUAUGACCAAUGUUUGGGCGAUGUUCGCCGUUGUCUUCCUUGCUAUCUACACUGCCAACCUCGCAGCCUUCAUGAUAACUAGAGAGGAGUUUUUUGAGUUUUCAGGUGUUGAUGACCACCGCCUUUGUAGACCUACCUCUCAUAAGCCUAUGAUAAAAUUCGGAACAAUUCCAUGGUCCCAUACAGACUCAACCAUAGCUAAAUACUUUAAAGAAAUGCAUGCGUAUAUGCAACCCUACCAACGGACUAAUGUUGUACAGGGUGUAGCUGACGUUCUGAGUGGUGAAGUGGACGCUUUUAUUUACGAUGGAACUGUGUUGGAUUACUUAGCUUCUCAAGAUGAAGAUUGUAGGUUGCUGACUGUUGGUUCUUGGUACGCAAUGACCGGAUACGGACUUGCUUUCCCAAGGAAUUCUAAAUAUUUAAAAAUGUUUAACAAAAGGUUAUUAGAUUUUCGGGAAAACGGUGACUUGGAACGUUUGCGUCGCUACUGGAUGACUGGUGUUUGUAAACCUGGCAAACAAGAACAUAAAAGUUCUGAUCCUUUAGCUUUGGAGCAGUUCUUGUCAGCCUUUCUGUUACUAAUGUCCGGAAUAUUACUAGCAGCACUUUUGCUUCUUCUAGAGCAUCUCUACUUCAAAUACGUGAGAAAACAUUUGGCUAAGACUGAUAGAGGGGGAUGUUGUGCUUUAAUAAGUCUGUCUAUGGGAAAAAGCCUUACUUUUAGGGGAGCAGUUUACGAAGCGCAGGAUAUUCUAAGAAAUCACAGAUGUAAAGAUCCAAUUUGUGAUACACACUUAUGGAAAGUGAAAAGGGAGUUAGAUGUCGCACAGUUAAGAAUUAAACAAUUGGAAAAAGAAAUGGAAACACAUGGAAUCAAACCACCUCCACCCUGUAAGCGUGUAAUCGUUUCUGGAGAACAAGCAAGAGCUAGACUAAGGAGUUUAAAUCCCGCAGGAAGCGAUGUGGAUUUGUUUGGGCCUCGAACCGAAAUAGCGGAAAUGGAAACUGUGCUGUGAUUGAAGGAAUAUUUACAUAUGAACAAAGAAGAGAUAACACCAAGAAUCAGCGAGUUCGCUGAUAACUGUUUUUCUUUCGAUGUAUAGAAAACUAAUCUUUUGUGCUCAGUAAAAGGAUGUCAGGAUUUGAUAUUAUCUGGGUUACUCACAUUUUAAUAUACAAUAUCUUACCAAAUCCUUAAUUUGC